AUGCAUAAUCAAACCAUCUCCCUUUUUCGAUCCGAAUCAGGAUCGAAGAACAAAUUAAUAAUAUAUAGAUCUGUAUAUAGGAAUUGGGUUUGUGUUCGAUUCGAUCCUCUUUUUCUUCUUCCUCAGAAGAAGUACGAAAAAGCAGAGAUCAGUAGAUGUACUAUAGGAAUAUCUCAACGGAGUUGACAAAUUCGUUACACAUACCCUCUCCCUAUUAAAGCCAAGAUGGCAAGAUCAGUUCUCAUCACUUUUGUUGGACUUUUGGUACUUUGUUUCUCUGAAACAUUGGCCAAAGCUGAAUACUUAAAGUAUAAGGACCCCAAACAACCUUUAAAUGUUCGCAUCAAGGACUUAUUCGGUCGAAUGACUCUUGAGGAAAAAAUAGGCCAAAUGGUGCAAAUUGAAAGGGCUAAUGCUUCUAUGGACGUUAUGAGAAAAUAUUUCAUCGGGAGUGUAUUGAGUGGUGGAGGCAGUGUUCCAUCAAAGAACGCUUCAGCCAAGACUUGGGUCCAUAUGGUUAACAAAAUUCAAGAAGGGGCUUUGUCAACUAGGCUUGGAAUUCCUAUGAUAUAUGGAAUUGAUGCUGUACAUGGUCACAACAAUGUCUAUAAUGCAACAAUCUUCCCUCACAAUAUUGGUCUUGGAGCUACGAGGGAUCCUCAACUUGUUAAAAGGAUUGGGGUUGCUACUGCCCUUGAAGUUAGAGCUACUGGGAUUCCUUAUGCUUUCGCACCUUGCAUAGCAGUUUGCAGAGAUCCACGAUGGGGUCGUUGUUACGAAAGCUAUGGUGAAGACCAUAAGAUUGUCCAAGCUAUGACUGAGAUCAUCCCAGGUUUACAAGGAGACCUCCCAUCUAAUAUUCGCAAGGGUGUUCCUUAUGUCGCUGGAAAAAACAAUGUAGCAGCAUGUGCAAAGCACUUUGUGGGAGAUGGUGGAACAACAAAGGGUAUCAAUGAGAACAACACAGUAAUAGAUGGCCAUGGAUUAUUUAGCAUUCAUAUGCCAGCUUACUAUAACUCAAUAAUCAAAGGAGUUGCAACCAUUAUGGUUUCUUAUUCAAGUGUCAAUGGAGAGAAGAUGCAUGCAAACAAGAAGCUUGUUACUGAUUUUCUCAAGAACACCCUUCAUUUUAAGGGUUUUGUAAUCUCAGAUUGGCAAGGUAUUGAUAAGAUUACAAGUCCACCUCAUGCUAACUAUACAUAUUCCAUUUUGGCAAGCGUCAAUGCUGGUGUUGACAUGAUUAUGGUGCCAUACAACUACACAGAGUUCAUCGAUGCUCUUACCUAUUUGGUAAAAAAUAACGCAAUUCCUAUUAGUCGAAUUGAUGAUGCAGUGAAGAGAAUAUUGAGAGUCAAAUUUGUCAUGGGUUUAUUUGAGAACCCGUUAGCUGAUUUAAGCUUGGUUAAUGAGAUUGGUAAACAGGAGCAUAGAGAACUAGCCAGAGAAGCUGUCAGAAAAUCUUUGGUGUUAUUGAAGAAUGGAAAAUUGCCCAACCAACCACUGUUGCCCCUCCCAAAGAAAGCACCAAAGAUACUUGUUGCUGGCACCCAUGCAAAUGACCUUGGAAAUCAAUGUGGUGGUUGGACUAUCGAAUGGCAAGGACUUACUGGCAACAACCUUACCAGUGGUACAACCGUUCUUACAGCAAUAAAAGACACAGUUGAUCCCGAAACAGAAGUUGUAUUUGACAAUAAUCCAAAUGCAGAAUUCCUCAAAACACACCAGUUUUCUUAUGCCAUUGUGGUGGUUGGAGAACAUCCAUAUGCAGAAACCAAUGGUGAUAGCUUGAACUUGACAAUUCCUGAGCCUGGUCCAGAAACAAUCAAAAAUGUUUGUGGAGCAGUGAAAUGUGUAGUUGUAGUAAUCUCAGGAAGACCAGUAGUAAUUCAGCCUUAUAUUGAUUCAAUUGAUGCACUUGUUGCUGCAUGGCUUCCAGGAACUGAAGGCAAAGGCAUUAGCGAUGUGUUAUUUGGAGAUUAUGGGUUCACCGGAAAGCUUUCACAGACUUGGUUUAAGAGUGUUGAUCAAUUGCCGAUGAAUUUUGGUGAUGCACAUUAUGAUCCUCUUUUCCCAUUAGGAUUUGGUCUUACUACACAGCCUGUUAAAGCUUAAUUAUUGAAUGAGUGUUCCAUGUACUUCUACUUGAGCUAAUAUAUGUAAACCCAAUGCAAUGUUGUAAAUCCCAAGUUUUAAUGGAUAAGGGUUUCUAUUUUCAAA